UUUGUUCUUUGUUUCUACCUGGUGAAGUACGUCGUAGAAGAUUAUGGGACGGAGAAAGUCGAAGCGGAAACCCCCACCGAAAAGAAAGAACAUCGAGCCUCUUGACCAACAGUUUAAUUGCCCGUUUUGUAAUCAUGAAAAGUCCUGUGAAGUAAAAAUGGACAAGGGACGAAAUACUGCCAAAAUUACAUGCCGUGUUUGCUUGGAAGAUUUUCAAACGGGAAUCAAUUUUCUUUCAGAACCUAUUGAUGUUUAUAAUGACUGGAUUGAUAUGUGCGAAGCUACAAAUUAAUAUAUUAUACUCGGCAAAUUUAAUUUAUAAGUAAGAAAAAAGUAUCGGCAAGCAUAGGUAUUAUCUUUAGGUUAGCAUUGAUUUUUCGAAGCUAUACUUUAGUAAUAUUUACAUUAGUAAUUAUAGUAAUAUAACUAAUUAUCAGGGUAUUUAUGUAAUUGUUCGAAAUAAAACUACAUUACAUGGACGAAAUUUUUCGCAAA